UACCUUCAUGUGAAUGUGAGUCUACGAUUGCUCUCCUGUGACCCAGACCUUUCGGCAUGGCACGGCACAGACCCUCGAACCUACGUUGACGAGGCUGAUGCAUUCUAUAAGGACCCAAUUCGCUGGCUCAACUCAAACUAUCCUGACAGCCACACGUUGCCGCAGCACAUAGCCAUGUUCACCGAACUCACACAGAAUGCAGACUAUGGUCAAGCUGUGAUGCAGUGGCUUCGAGCUAGAAAUUAUUCUAUCUGCAUGGAAAUAUUCCACUCCCAUAUCAUCUCACAUUACAGACACAGUAGACAUAUUGUUAUGUGGUGUGCCGAAGGCUGGAACCUCGAUUUAGCUGAAAAGGGAAUGUAG